AUGGCUGAACAAGAAAAUGCAGAUCAAUACUUAAAACGACGCGUAACUACAGGAUGUUACAACGUAGAUGUGUCAAAUCCCAAUGACAUAUGGAGAAGUGAAACUGUCCUGCUUUUUUACCUUCCUACCUUUGCAGCCCAAGUUGCUUUCAUGUUGUUAUCCACUCGUGUUUUGUACUAUCUCCUCAAACCUUUAAACCAACCUCGUCUUGUUUCUGAGAUUUUGAUGGGUAUUCUGAUAAGUCCAGAACUAUUUGGAUCAUCAGCUUUAUCUGAGGUUCUCACCCCUUUGAAGUCAAUCCUAACAACUGAAACCAUAUCAUACGUGGGACUCAUUUACAGUGUGUUCCUGGCUGGCUUGGACAUGAAUUUUGAUACAAUCCUAGGAGCAAGAAAGAAGGCCACAAGAAUUUCCAUUGCCGGCGUUUUGAUUCCAAUGGUAUUUGGAGGUUUAAUAUAUGCUCUGGCUCUAAAUAUGUUCAAGGGACCUUCCGAUUAUUGGGCAAAUUUCAACACGCCUAAGGCUUUUAUGUUUUGGGCCUUAAUUUUGAGUGUCACAGGUUUUCCUAUGGUUAGUCACAUCCUUGCAGAUCUCAAGCUCCUCUAUACAGGCCUUGGCAGAGUGGCCUUAACAACAGCCAUGAUCAGUGACUUCUAUAAUUGGGUCAUGUUUGCACUGUUGGUUCCAUUUGCCAUAAAUGGUGCAAGUGCCAUCUACUCGGUGCUGAGCACCAUAGUUUAUGUGCUUUUCUGCUUCGUUGUUAUACGUCCUUAUUUGGUGGAGAUAAUAGUGCACAAAACCACUCAAAAUGAGUGGGACAAUAACGGAUUGUUCUUUGUGGUCAUGGGAGCAUAUGCUUCUGCACUGGUCACGGAUCUCCUAGGGACACACCCUGUUGUUGGGGCUCUGGUGUAUGGAAUAAUGAUACCUCGUGGUAAAUUUACUCACUUGCUCAUUGAGAAGUCAGAGGAUUUUGGAGUUGUUUAUCUGGCUCCAUUGUUCUUUGGUAGCUGUGGCAUAAGACUCAGAGCAAUAUAUGUCAUAAAAACUCAAGGUUUGGGCCUGGUGCUGUUCAUUUUGUUCCUAUCAUUCGUCCCAAAGAUUUUAAGCACUGUAAUAGCCACUCAGUUUUAUGGUAUGUCUGUUCUUGAUGGUGUGUCUAUUGGACUUCUCAUGAACACCAAGGGUAUCUUACCAAUAUUAAUGCUCAACAAUGCCUGGGACAAGCAGGUAUCGAGUAAUUUCAUUACACUAGUCGUUUGCUUUCAUGAAUGGACAUAG